AUGGAUAACGACCCACGGACGACGGAGCGAACGGAACCGGUGACGCGCGAGACGCAGCACCCGCCGCGCGCGGCGAGCGAGGGCAAUCGCGCGCAAAAUUCUCGCUCCGGAUCGUCCACCGAGACGAAACCGCGAGCGAAGGGACGACCGCUCGGGACGACACGAAAGAUGCGACGCGUGACGCCGGGUUCGAGCGCAUCGAUCCAGACGCUCACCGAGCGCAUUCGCACAAUCAAGCGCGAGCGCGUGCUCCCGGUGCUCGCGCGCAUCGCCGCGCACGAAGAUGCGAUCGCGCGCCAUCGCGAAUCGACGCACACGACGCACACGACGAGCGCGACGCCGCACACGACGACGCACACGACGAUAAAGGCACCCGCGGAAAAUGCCUUUAUCGCCUCGGAAUCCGAUGACGUGGAUUGA